CCAAAGCUGUAUAAAAAACAACCUUAUUGUCAUUUAUAUGAAACUUUAACUUAGGAAAGUUUGUGAGGCUGAGUCCGUUAAAUUCUUCAUAGUUCCCGUUAAUGCAAAUAAUAAUGAAAAUAAAUAUGAAAAUAGAGACAAAAUUUACGAAUGAAUUGAAUGUUUUUUCGAAAUAUUACAAACUCUGAGGUCUCGGUUUGGAUUCACUGUCACUUUUUUUGGAUUUCUAUAAAGCAAUGGCAUGGAUUUCUGGCAGUGGCAAAAAAUAAAUUUGUUGCCACUUAAAUAUCAUAAAUUUGUGAAUAUAAAAGAAAUUAAAAGACUUUCUUCUUGAUUAUAAUCAAGAAGAAUUGUCUACCCGCUUAGCCGUGUUCAACUCCAUAAACUCCGGAUUUAAAUAAAUAAUAAAAUCACAGUUUAAGUUUCAAUCAAAACAUUCAUAUUUAAAUGGUUUAUCAUAGUGCCAUAAACCUAUAUUAGUGUUUGCUAAAUUGUAGAAGCAGUGUAAAUAAAAAGAUCAAAUAUCUGUUAUCUGUUUGUGAAGAAGAUGGGAUUUGUUUUGAAUGUCUAGAUGAACAGUGGACAGUGAAAGAUAUGGAAUUCAAUGCCGAAGAAAUUAUUUAAAGUGAAAUUUAAAUGUUAAUAAAUGGAUUGAUAAAAAGAAAAUUUAAACAAGAUAUAAAGUGAAAUUAAAUUGUGAAGGUGCACAAAAAACUUUUUUUUCCUUAUGAGAGACUCAUUUCGUCUUAGCAAUCAGAAAAAUAGUAGUAUAGACAAUUUCGUCAUUGAAUGUCAGCGACGCGUAGCCGAAUGGAUUCAGCGACGUCACGUCGUCAGUUGCCCGGAGUUCAAGACCGACAAUAAGCAUACUUUUUUUUUUCUCUUUUUCGUUUGCCUUGCACAUUUUUUGCUACGGAAGUUUUUUUUUUUUUUUUGGAUUUUAUUUGAAGGAAAGAGGAAAAAGGAGAGAAGAAUAGGGAAGGAAUAAAAAAACAUUAAUUUCGUCUCUUUUUUUUUCUUUGUAAUAAUGGAAAACGUCACUUUUCGAGUGCAUCGACGUAAAAGAGCCAGCUCUCUUGGGAGUACAGGCGAAUUAACUAAAUUAAUCUCACCUUCGAAUAGUUUACCAGAUAUCGAUAUGAACACGUCCAUUACCAUGCUAACUGAAAAAAUAACAUGUUUGGAAACUGAGCUUGCAUCAGCAAAAGAUGAACUCGAAAAUUUGUCUAUGGAAAAUAGGGAUUUAAAGAUGCAUUUGGAGAAAUGUAACAAAAAAAUAGAACAAUAUGAAACAAUACAAAGCAGUGAAGGUUUUUUAUCUCCGAUCCCGGGUAAAAAGAGAAAGAAGCCAAUAAUAGAAAUAGACUUUCAAGAAACUCAAAAGAAAAAAUCUAUUGAUUCACCAAAACUUUUGCAAAAUUGCAAAUUGCACUUAGAUAGAAUUGCUGAAUUGCAAGAAAGAAAUAAACAACUGGUCACAUGGUUAGAGGAUCAAAAGAAUAAGAAACAAGUUGUACCUACCAAUAAGAAGAAGUUAAAAAUAAUAAAGUGGAUUUUAAACAAUAAAAAGGUCACAAGAAUCAGGAAAUCUACUAUUAGAAAAAUAAAAAAAAUAGUUAAGCGAAAUACAGUUUUAGAAAAAAAAUGUUGUGCUUUAAAAAAUAUACAUAAUAAGUUAGAAUUUAAAAUCAAUGAAUUGCAAGAAAAUAUUACAAUACACAGAAAUAGAACCACCAAAAUUAAUGAGAUUGACAUUCCCGAAGCUGACUGCACAGGUGUCAGAAAUCAUUCCCCUAGAAAAAAUAAAAUUCAUAUUCUUUCUGAUGAAAUAGGAAAAGAUCUAGCUGUUAACAUCACAGACAAGCUGACUUUACCCUAUAGAUUAAUAAAUUAUUUAGUCCAGCAAGGACCAACAUGCGAACUUACUGUAGAAAAUAACAAAAUUAAACCUGCUUUUCCAGAUUUCCCUGUACCACACAGAAACGCCCGUGGCGAGACGAGACUAAUACGUUGUAUUCAAAAGUUACCUGAAUUAUACAUAUACCACUAG